AUGAAAGAAAAAAAUAUCGGCAAAAAUAAUGCCUCAGUGGAUACUGAAAGGGAGAAAACCUCCUAUGAGAGAUUUGAGGAAGAAGUCAAAAGCACCAUAUUUAAUGUACUCUACGUCCUCCUUAAGGAUGAUGAGACUUCUCAUUGGAAGCACAUUGUACUGAUCCUUGUGCUAUACUACGUUUAAGUGUUUUUAAAUUUCUUCUAAAUCAAUUACUGGCUUGCCAAAUUGGAUGUUACAACUUACCUGGUAUUCUUUUACAUUUGCAUUUUCAUAAUUUGCCUGGUCAUACUUGAUAUUUUCUAUGUAUCCUACAGCUUUUCAAAGAAGAAAUUCUCUUUUGUAUGGCCUCUAUAGGCUUUGAGAAGCGUUUGUGGACUCUUUGUGACAGUCUUAUUCUUGCCACUUUUAGAAACAUUCACAUCAAUGAUCCAUUGCCAUGAUCACGAUGGCCAUAUGAUAAAUACACUUUUCCCAAGCUUCAUCUGCUGGCAUGGAAUGCACAUAAUUCACGCUACAUUUUCAAUCGUGGUUUCCUUCAUUUUCAUCAUUAUUUGUAUUAUUGUCUCCUUGACCUAUUUCGACACAUAAAGUGCGUCACAUGAUAUAACUUCAAGGGUUAACUCAAGAGCAGACGUUUUUGUUAUAUCACUAAAGAUUAUUUUAACUUAUCUGUGGGUUUUUCUAGGAACAAAACCUUACUAAUGGUUACUUAUUGUAGUGCUUUUGAUACUUUCUUACACAGCCUAUGCAAACUUUAGAAAUAACUGGCCAUAUUUUAACGAUAAAAUGAAUAAGUUCUUCUGUGUGCUAACUGGUGCAUUUCUUUGGGGGAACUUUUGCCUUUUUAUAGCUAAAGUAUUAGAAAACACAUAAUUCAGUGGAUCACUUCAGCUAUAUUUCCUUGGGUUACCUUUAGUAAUUGGACUUAUUGUAUUCGAUAAAGAUGAAAGAGUUAAACUUUUACUCAAGAAUAUUAACAACUUUUAACGAGGUGAGGAGGUAGCACUUCAAAUAAGGUUUCUUUUACAUCUUAUAAUAACAAAAGAUCAUAACCGAAAGAAUGCAAUCAUUUUAAAAGGCUAUAUUUAUCAUCAUGAAGACUCUUGCCCAAAUUAAGAAUGUUAACUCAAGCUCUAUAAAAAUGGACUUAUUUAAAAUUCUAAGAACAAAAAGAUUGCUAAGAAACAUGCACAGCUCUCAUAAAACUACGACAAUCAGCAAUUUCUAUUAUAACAUGCCAGAAAUAUGUACAGAGCUGGCAUUCAAAAAUUCCCAACAUGCACUCCGUUGAAAAUUCAGUAUGCUUUCUUUUUAAUGGAGAGAAUGAAUAAAAAAUAAGAGGCAAUUUAGGAAUUAGCUUAGGCGGAAAUGUUUAACCCUCCAUUUGAUGAGCAAUUCAUUAUCUAUAGAUAUCAAAAGAUGAGUGAAGAUUUUGGUGAUAAUCCACAUGAAAGUCACGGAGGUGGCCUUGAUGUCGUAGCUAAGUUCGCCUAUGAAUCAAGUUUAAGAUAAUUUCAAUAGCAUAUAGAAAAAUCGGCAUAACUCCACUAUGAUUUUUGGAAUCACUUAAGAGAAGACAGGCCAGAUAUAGCAAAAUUGAAUGAAUGUGGAUCAAAAAUUAAUUAGUCUAUUAUUAUGGUAGAACAGUAUUGGAGCUAGCUGCAAAAGUUGAAUUCUAAUGCGCCUAAGGCACUUAAGCUAUAUGCUAAGUUUUUAAUAGAAAUUCUAAAUGAUAAAGAAGGUGGUUAAGAGCUUUUAUCAAGAGCAAAAGAUGCCACUAAUGUUAAAUAGAAUUACUACGAUGCGAAUAAUAUGAAUGAGGACUUGAGCGAUAUUAAUGCUAUGAGUGCAAAUGGAACCCCGUGUAUCUACGUUACUGGAGAUAACGACAAGAUUGGUAUGAUAACAUAAUGCAACUCAGGAGCAUGCAGAAUUUUCGGAUAUACUGCUGGAGAAAUGAAAAAUCACAAUGUAGAAAAAUUGAUGCCUGAGAUGUAUGCAAAAAAUCAUUCGAAGAUUCUAGAUGAUGCUUUAUCCAAGGGUCCCGAGAAUAUUCCUAAUAAGGAGAGACUAGUGUUUGCAAGGCACAAAUCAGGAUAUAUAUUCCCAGUAUGGCUAUAACUAAAAAUGGUGUAAAAUGCCUCAAGUGGGAUUUAAUUUGUUGCACUUUUCAAAAUUGAUAAAAAGAUAAUGAGUUCUAACAUAGCCUACGUUUUACUAAAUAAAGACAAGAAAAUACAAGGUAUAUCAUCAAGUUGCAUUAAGAUUAUGAAUCUUGAUAUUUAAAAGAUGAGAAGAUUGAGUAUGUCUGGAAUUGAUAUCAAUAAACUUGCUCCAAGUCUAUUUGACAAUGAUCAUGGUGAUUAAAACUUUACAUAAAAAGCUGGAGGGAAUCUCGAUUGGUAUUUGACUGACUUUGAAAAAGUUAAGAAGCCAGGUAAAGCCUCAUCUACCAAUAAAUGGAGUGACAAUAGUGCAACAACGAAAAAUGGUAGAGAAAAUGAGCAAAAGAAAAUUAUAAUAUCAGACCAAAAAAUUAUCUUAUCUUGUCAUUAGAAUGUUAUUACUAUGGGUGAACUAGGAGAAAUCGGAUGGUAUCUUAAGCUUGAAAACAAUGUAUAAAACAAAGUUAAUUCAAAUCAAAGGAAAGAUAAAGAGAAAGAGAGAAUCAGAUAACCUCUCUUUUAAUUUAGGUAUGAUGCAGCUAUUGGCAGAUUUAUAAGAGAAUUAAAGGAAGCCUAAUAUAUAGACAAUGCAGCUAAAAAUCCAAACUUUGUGAAUGGUAGAUGGACCACAAUGAUUGGAGAAUUAGAGGAUAUUCCUCCUUUGAAAAAUCCAUUGCAAGGCGACAUCGAUAAACAAGAAGCUGAUCCUGAAGAUGUAAAAUUAGAGUUAGAUGAAAAGAAUGAUGCCAAAAGAAAUGAAAAUGAGGAUUUAUUUGACAAGAAAAGGAGAUGGGCUAAAGGAAUACAAAUUUAUAAACUGGUUGGAGGUAAAUUUUUACCAAAAGAUUAUGAUGAGGAUAUUAAGAAGCUAUAGCAGAUUGAAGAAGAAUAGAGGAAAAAGAAUGAAGAAGAGGAUAAGACUACUCAAAAUGUUGAUGUUUUUAAAAAUAACAUUAAAUCUAGGAAAGCUCUCUAAAUGGCUAUAAAUGACAAAUCUACUCCAAGAGCGAUUAGAAACUUAAGAAUAACAAUGAACCUUGUAAUGCUCUGCUUAUUGGCACUUGCAAUUACAGAAUUCUCAGUAAUAAAUUCAUAGUUUAACGAUAUCAACGAAAAUUUCAACCUUAUUCAAAGAUCAUACGGUAGAAUCUCGGAAGUUCAGAGAAUCGCAUACAAUGUUAGGACGCUAAUUAUGAUAAACGAAAAGAAACAGACAGUUUAUAAAAAUUAUACUAAAUAGCCUGACUUCGUUACUUUCCUUUAGAGUGACAUAGAAGAAGCGCUGAAUAAUCUCUACGACCUAUAAAACUCGAUAUCAUUAACUUCUUUGUCAAUGUCGGAUAAAUAGCAUCAAUUAAUUGAUUCAAAAACAGUAAAUCUAUAUUUUAGAGACUAGGAUGAAACUUUGAAGACUUUAAGUUUUUCUUUAACUGAAGCGGUUCUACAAGUAUCAAGUGCUGUUUUUACAGCAAGGCAUUUAAAUAUCACAGACUUUAUUGAAACACAAGAAGAUGUUUAUUUCAUUACCUAUAAUGUAUACAAUGAUUUUCUUGUUGCUCUUAGAUAGUCUUCACUUUACUAUGUAUAGGAUUUACAUGAUCGAACAAAGCAAAAGAAUGAACUUAUUCUUAUCCUUUUCUUAUCCUCAGUAGGUACAAUGAUACUAACAAUGGCUAUUUUAUUCCCAGUUAUUAGUAAUGUAAAUCUUGCAAGAAUGAAGGUACUGUCUCUUUUUGUAGAUAUCCCUAAUCAUCACGUUUUUGCACUUGGAUUUAAAUGCGAGAAAUUUAUAACUUCAUUCCAUGAUGAACAUAAUGAUGAAAUAGAAUCGGAGGAUGGUGAUGCAAAAGUUGAUGACUCAGAUGUUUAAUUGAACAAUUAAAACAAAAGAGGAGGACACAAAAUGCCUAAGAAUUCAACAAGAUCAAAUAGGAAAUUCUUCUUUCAAUUUGGAACCGCCGUCUUUGUAGUGACAGCAUACUUCUUAGCUAUGUUCAUCCUCUCUUUGUAAUACAUCAGUAACAUUUAAAUAAUUACUGAGGAGAUGAAUACCUUAGCUCAAGCCGAGUCCUAUUUCUCAUUUUCAUAAAAUGUGAUUAGGGAAAUGAUCUAUGAUCCUGAAAAACCUAUUCUAAAUCAUAACAGUUACGAAGUGGCUAAAGAUUCAAUUGACCAACUUUACAAAUUAAACUAGUUGAUAUUAAAGGAUCACUUUAAAAAUAGAGACAUUUUAAAGGAUGACUACAAAAGUAUCUUCUCAGAUAUUUACCAGUCUGAUGUCUGCAAAUAGACAGACACUAUCAAGCAUGAUCUUAUUCCAUUUGAUUGUGUAAACUUUAUCUCAGGAGCUGCAACUCAUGUAAUUUUAAGAUAAUUAAUAAUAUUUUAGGGCCUUUAAACAGUAUUAGUGAGGUAUUUUGAGACGCUAAAAGAUUUGCUCAAGACCUAUGUGCUUUUCAAUGAGAAAUCCUUUGAUGUGAAAACUCUUUUCAAUUCAAACACCUUCCUUGAGCUCUACAUCAUUCAAUUCAGGUAUAUUCAAGAUUCCUACAGAAACUUUGUCUCAACUCUAAAGGACUCAGUUAAUUCUGAUUUCCAAAGCAGAUCAGACACUAGAAUGGCCGCAUUCAUUGUAUUCAUUAUUGGAAUAAUAAUCUGCUACUUAAUUUUAUGGACACCUUUCGUCAAUAAACUGAACAAUGAGGUAACUAUAUUUUAAGAUUUUUCAUUCUACUCUAGAUAUGGAGAACGAAGUCAAUGCUUACUAUUAUUCCAAUCGAAGUUAUCUUGA